AUGGCACAUUCUUCUGAAUCUUCGAGAAGCUUUAAAAGUGGACUGAUCGACUUUACAGCUGGAUCACUAGGUGGUGUAGCAGUAGUAUAUGUAGGUCAACCAUUAGACACAGUAAAGGUUAAGAUGCAAACUUUUCCACAACUAUAUAAGGGGAUGUUUGACUGUUUAAAACAAACGCUAAGAAAUGAUGGAAUAAUCAGGGGACUAUAUGCAGGCACCACCCCAGCCAUAAUGGCCAAUGUUGCUGAGAAUUCAGUGCUUUUUGCAGCAUAUGGCUAUUGUCAGAAGUUCAUUUGUCAAGUUACUGGUACUGAGAAUAUAGAGCAGCUUUCAACAGUGGGUAAUGCAACAGCAGGUUUCCUGGCAGCAUUCUUUUCAUCUUUCACACUUUGUCCAACGGAAUUGAUUAAGUGCCAACUUCAAGCCAUGAGAGAAGUCAAUGUGCAGGGCUCACAAACAGCUAUAAAAGUGACGCCACUGCAGCUCUCGCAACAAAUAUUCAAACAAUAUGGAAUACAAGGCCUAUUUAGAGGGCUUGUACCGACAAUAAUGAGGGAAAUGCCGGGAUAUUUUUUCUUUUUCGGUGGAUAUGAAGGGACUAGAGCUUUAUUAGCAAAACCAGGCCAAUCGAAAGAUGACAUUGGUUUUCUAAAGACAAUGGCUGCUGGAGGCGUUGGGGGCUGCGUAUUGUGGACUGUUAUUUUCCCCACCGACGUAAUUAAAUCCCGUGUUCAGAUAUCGAACAAAAAACAAAAAUUUCUUACUGUUGGAUGUGAAAUAGUGAAAAAUGAAGGUGUUUUGGCUCUUUACAACGGCCUCAAGCCGACUCUGAUAAGGACUAUACCCGCCACCGCCGCUUUGUUCGUAGUGUACGAAUAUUCGAAGAAAAUUAUGCAUCAAGCAUUUGGAGAUUAA